GGCGUUUCUAUUUUUGUGGAGGGGUGUGGCUGCAAGGGCUAUUAUUUUGCCGGGUCAGUUCAUUACGGACUGAAGUUUACUGCAGAUCUGUCUUUUCUCUUGGAGGGGAAGGGGCGGGCCGGAAAAACGCAGGCGUUACAUUAUUUUGCCUGUACAGUACAGUAUGUGGUUUAAAUUAACGGUGAUGGUCUUCCAGCGGAAGAUCUAUUUUGGCUACUUGCUCAGCUGCAUAUGGAAUAGGGGGUGGGGAAUUUAAUUGGGAAUUGACAGCUGCGGGUAAAAUAGCAACCCCUUACUUAAAAGUGUGCAUGAAGGAAUGUGAAAAGGAUUCUUUCUCCCUCCAACCUCCCUUGGGGUUUCUGUGCUGCUUCAACAAAAAAAUUGCCCCAUUUGUGCAAGAGUCUCCCCAGCCAGGGUGGCAGGUUGAGCUCUGAUGGAUGGCACAUGCUAGUUGGAGACUCUUUCUUUGUCCCUCCCAGCCUCUCAUCAAGGACAAAUCAGACAGCAUCUGAGCUUUCCCUUUUUGAAGGUGCCAUUUACUGGCUGCCAACAUGCCUACCUUGGAGCCUGAACAACUGACCAUCAGAGAAAUGAGAGAAGAUGAGACAUCAAUUGUCUUGGAGCUUCUGAAGGAUGGAUUCAAGGAUACAGAGAACCGCCUGAUACUGUUUGUGUUGACACGGCCACUGGCCUUGCUGUUGAUGGCGGUGGUGAGCAGCGGCCUGCGCUUCUUCCUGAACUCUUUUGUCGUGGCACUUGUGCUGCCAGUGCUGUUUACCGUAGUGGCUCUGAAGCUUCUGCUUUGGCGCUCGCCGGACCUGAAGCAUCUGCAUGCUUAUUACAGUGCAGGCCAGCGCGGACUGUGGGUAGCUGUGUAUGAUGAGGAUGAUGUGUGCGGCUGUGUGGCUCUGGAGCCCUGUGGUGGGGAACCACGCACUGCCGAGCUCAAACGCCUGGCUGUCAACCGUUGGUACCGGCACUCUGGCGUGGGUCGCUCUCUGAUCAGCUUCCUGGAGACUCAGGCGCGCGCACAGGGCUUCAAAUUCUUAGUGGCCCAGGUCUCUGUAGUCACUAAGGCAGCUAUUGGGCUUUUUGAGAGCACCGGCUACAGCAUAAGUGGUGGCCGUCAAUGGCUGGGCUACACCAUUCAGCAACAGUUUAGCAAGGAGCUUUAGCAAGUGUCCCUGCUAGUUAGCAACCAGACAGCACAUAGCCUUGAGUAAUUUUGCCCCUGGAUACAGAAAAAGCACAGAGCGCCAGAAACAGGCUGUCAGCUCUAGGCCCCCAAACACAGCAGUCCCUCUCCUCAAGGUGGCUUUCUCUGCCUGGGAAAUGAAGAAUCUGUAACCAUGAAUGCAAAGCUAAUCAGGGUAAAGGAUUGUCUGUUAAGAGUCUCCUUCGGGGUCUGGCAUGUCAGUCAGACUCCAUGUAAUUUGGGGAUUUCACUCAAAGCCAUCCCAGAUUUUCCAUCCAUAGUUUGAGGAACGGAAACAACCAAUAGUUGUUCCCCUUCUCCUGCUUCAGGUCAGACAAUAUACCAAGCAUCCAAAUCUUAUGCCAGGGUAACUUCAGAUUCUGUGACCUGCAUAAAUUAUGUAAAUUGAGCAUAGUUGGAAUUUUAAAAAUUUAUUUAUACAAUGUGCAUGGCAUUUUACAGAUGAUAGGUCUCUGCCCCAAGGAGCUUAUUUAUUUAUGUAUUUAUUUCAAUCCUGCUGUAUAGCCCUGUCCCAUCUGAAUGUAUUUUCAAAGAUAAACAUGCAUCUGGAACUCCAUGGGGAGGAAUGCUGAUGGGGGAUGGAAUUUUAGCAGAAAAGUGGCAGAUGGGGAAAGAGUUAAGAAUAUGUACAGAUGCAUGCAUGCAACUUUUCUGCUUGCUCCAAAUCCCCCCUUCCAGCUGUUUUCCCUUAGAAAAAGAGUAGGUAGGGGUUUGUUACACUCAUUUAAUGUAGUUGGGGAUCAGCUUGUUCUUUGUUGGAUCUGUAUAGCUAUUGAACUAGGUAGAUUCAGAGGAUGAACUAUUUAGGGCUUUGUAGGUUGAAGCGAUCCUGUCAGCUAUGUCAUUGAACACACACAUGCACAAUUCUUCUUGUGAUGGUAGGAUUUGGGCUGUGAAGAGAGGUUUCUGGAUCCAUGUUCCUCCAGAUGACCAAGCAAUUGAAAAAUUGCAAUGGGGGUGGGUGGGGUGGGAAUCACAUUUUCAGAUCCCAGCUUCCAUCUUCAGUCAAGCUGAGCUUGUGUGGUGUCCCCCCCCCCCGACAACACAACAGACUGGAAAUGGUGUAUGGCAAAGCAAGUUAGGGAAAUGUAUGUUCUGUAUGGAGAUGGAUGCGUCUAGCAAAAUGCCCAUGAAUAUGAGUGGGAGAGAGUGACUGACAUUAUAUUGGAAGGACUCAAGGGUGUAGUUCAUAACAUACAAACACGCAUUGCAGCCCUUGGAGUCUCUAUCAGUGGGGCUGGGUUAUUUGCUGGCAGUGAUAGAGGACAUAUUUUUGCCUUUGUUUCAUGGGCCCUCAAUAGCAGCCAUUUACUUUUCCCACAGGGGCAAAUAUUGGAAAAGGAAGGGAGAGCAAUGGCUCAUUGCUUUUUAAGAGAAGAUGAGGAUUCUAGCUGGAAAUGACUUUCCUUGGAAUAGGUGGGCCAUUAAAUGAGAAACAAGCUAAAAAAAGAAGUGUCUCUUCCCCCCCCCCAGAUGUCUAGGGGAAAGGGCUUUUUCCAAACGGGAUAAAAAGUGAGGAAGGGGCUUGAAGGUUGGGGGUGAUAAAAAAAUGUCUGCAAAGAGUAGAUAUUUGUACUUGGCACGUAUUUGUGUAUUAAACAUGCACAGGAGUGGAUUCCAAAGGUGUACAUGCUUUAAACCUUGGGUUGAUGUUCCAUUUAAGAAGUGAGUGAUGGGUGGUGGUGGGAGGGAAGGAGCCUAAAUAGGGAUGGCAAUUUGGAGAGGGUUUCAAGGCACUAGAAAGUACUGACUUUUUGUAUGUAUAUAUAAAUAAAUACUUAGGUGGUUUUAAUUGAAUAGUUUUUAAUGACUUAGAGUUUAAUUUUACUUCGUAAGAGGUGUCCACAUGGAUUGCAAAUUGGGGUAGAAAUUAAGUAAAUACAUUUUUAAAAAGCUGAAUCUGAAUGGCGUGGAAAUUAGCCUUUAUUUAUUUAUUUAUAUUUAUUUAUUUAUUAAAUUUAUAUACCGCCCCAUAGCCAAAGCUCUUUGGCUUUCUCCUGCUCAUCUGUGAUGCAAGCUGAAGUUCUGGAAGAGUCAAAGGCAGUCUCACAUAGGACACAUUACAGUAGUGUAGCCUUGUAGGCUUUUGAAAAAGGUGCUGGGUGUGACGUUCCUGUAUGUCUCUGGGAUUCCAUCUCCUGAUUUCCUGUGCUUAGAUCUCCCUGGGAAGUCUGCCUUAGCCUGGGUCACAUAUGACCUCUGAACCCCAAGCUUUCACCCCAUUACCUUUCUCCCCAAAAGGCGACCACUGGUGUAGACUGUCAGUACAAUUGGCAUUAUUAUUACUAUUAUUAUUAUUAUUAAAAAUACAAGCAGAAUUUUUAAAACAAAGAUGAUGUUGUUGUUUCUACUAUCCUACCCCUCUAACUACAAUAAACCCUUCUUCAACACUUCAGCCCCUCCACCAAGAUGUUCACUUCACAAUCCCUGAUAUCUCCUCCAAGUCAAUUACCUGUCUCCUCUAACUGUCAAAACCAACUGCUUUUUGAAACCCACUUGGAACUCUCAUUCACACACAUCCUCCCACCUGUCAGCCUUAGAUCCUCCACACCUCCUAGCAUUCUAUUAACCCUUCCUUAGCAGAAUAACAUUUUAUAACAAGUCUUAUUUUGUUAUACUGGGCCUCAAGUUUAUCUGGAAGGAAUGCUCUUCGACCUGGAUGCUCUCCUACUAAUUCCAAACUGUAGGACUUGAUGGUAAAUACAGCUGUAAAAUACAGAUUAGUGCACAGUUGCUAGGAUCUUUUGUUAGGGUAACUGUGUGUAGAUAGGCUGCAUUUACAGCAAUUAAGUCCUGGUCCAUGGGACCUACUUUCUAAAAGAUCAGCCCUCGGCCCUAGAACAUGUGAAGUAAUCAGUUAAUGCUUUUGAGAAGUAAUCAGUUAAUGCUUUUGAAUAGUGUUGUCCUUCUCUGCACUACUCAGCAUUAAUAGUCUAUCAGCUGUGCACUUAUUUGCAUUUUACUGCUCACUGUGAUGUUCCUAUAUUAAUGUAUAUAUGGUAAGUGUUGGUUGUUUAGAAGAUACAUGGUAAGUGGAGUGAAAGAGGAGGGGGGGUGAAUGGGCAGUAGAAUGCGAGAUGAUUGGCUGAGUGUUUAAAAUGGCUGAAUGUAUAAAGGGAGGAGUGAGAGUGGAAUCUGGGGGGAGAAGAGAACUGAGUGGGUUGCUUGGUGGGGUUUAGAGAGUUGUUUACCAGGAGGGAGGUGGAGUUCGGAUUAGUAUUGAGUAAAACCAUAUGCUUAUGUGCCUUAAGAAGAAAUCUUGUUAAUCUUGUUAGCUUUGUUAUCUGUAAUAAAUACUUAAUUUGGUUUACCAAAGGCCUGAUUCUUGGCUGGGGUUUCACAGACCAGAAGUGAGGGUAAGGUAAUGACCAAGGCUGAAGGGGAACUGUAACAAAUGGU